AAAGCCGAAAGAGCCGAAAUAGACCGGGCGAUAAGUAAAUUCAAGAUGGUGGACGAAUCUGGUGGAACGGAGCAGAGAGUGCUCAGAGUAAAUCAGCUGGAUGCGGCUCAGCUUGAUGAGGAAAUUAUCCAUCUUCUUCGAAAUCAGCUAAACAGGGCGUUUCAAUAUUUCGAGGCUGGUGUUCUAACAAAAUAUGAAGCUGAACUGAACGCACUACUGAGAUUUCUUGUAUGGAGGUUUUCAGUGUACAGCAGUAAUUCAACCAUUGGUCAACACAUGCUCAACAUGAAGUACACUUCAGCUGGGAGCAAUGUGAGUCUACUACAAAAGCUUCUGUUUGGUUUCUGUGUUGUUGGAAUACCUUAUAUAAGAGAAAGAAGCAUUGAAAUAAAAGGAAUUACAGACAGAAUUUUGAACUUCAACUCUAUUUGGAGAUGUGUCAGUAUGGGUGAAAAGCUGUUUCAUUUUGCUUCUGUCCUUAACUUUCUCAUAUUUUUACAAAAGGGAAAAUAUCCUUCACUUCUUGAACGUGUUCUUGGAAUUCAUCCUGUAUUUGCUCAGCAACAAUCAAUUCGUCAAGUCAGCUUUGAUUUCAUGACUCGUGAAUUACUCUGGCAUGGAUUUGCAGAAUUUGUGUUUUUUCUUCUUCCACUCAUCAACAUCCACAAAUUAAAAAACUUGCUGUUCAGACGGUUUUCAAGUCCAGCCUCUCUUGACAAGCAGCCAUCAAUCAAAGUAGGAUGUCAUGCGUGUGGAAUUUGUAAUGAACCUCCUACUGCACCUCACCAGGGUCUGUGUGGUCACGUGUUCUGUUAUUACUGCAUCAAGGCCAACAGUUUAGCUGAUUCGUCAUUUCCAUGUCCACUCUGUGGUUUACCUGUGAGUGAUGAUAUUACCCCUGUUGAAUGUACAGUGGCUUUGGAAGUAACGUGAUUAAUAAGUGUUCAAAAGUCAAUCGUAUUCUGAAAUUCCAAGAGAUCGACUUCCUGGAGGAACAGAAGAGUUCUUCAGCCCUAUGCAUACUUCUGGCGUGUAAAUGCCUCAUGUAGUGAAAAAGUUUGCAGGAAGUUGUCUGGCAACUUAGUUUUGUUUAAAAAUUGAUGGCUUCUGCGAGACAAUGAAAACUCAAGCAGAAGGCGGGAUUACUGUAAAAUACCGAUCAACAAAUAUACUCGGCGAAUUAAUAACACGAUAAUGUAAUUUAUUAUACGGCUGGCAGCGCCCGUGGGCAAGAUGAGAGGAAUCCUGUGUUCUGAUUGGCUACGCGAGCCUACCCUGCCCGCACGGAAUCUCAUACAAGAAAAAAAUACGUGGCGCUUACUCACAGAGUUCGUAAUCUUUGGACAAUGUCAACAAUGGAAUCUCAUAAAGCGGCAGCGCUUAAAAAUAAACAAGUCAUUCUUGAUUCUUA